AUGAUCAAUCCGUUCAGGAAGCGCCACCACAGGAAGGCCGCGGCCCCUGCUCAAGCCGGUCCUUCAAGCCCACCACCUACAGACUAUGCAAAUUUCUCCUCUGGUUCCAAGCUUCCUCCUCGUCCGGGCAUCUUCAUUGCCUCUGCACCCGCUCUGCCACGUUCAUCCGCUUCUUUUCGGCAGAAGCAUCAAGCAGCAGCCGCCACUCCAACCCGAGACAGCGUCGCAGCAACGCAAUCAGCAGCAUCACAGCAACAACAGAGUCUGGACCAUGUGUUGCCGCCAGCAUCCGACUACCGUCAAUCACUUAUUAUGCCUCAUCUCACUCGGAGAUUCACUCUGCUACGCGCUCCCGAUGGCUCUCUUGUUUCUCCUGAAGCUAUGCGAGCUCAUCUGCGCGCACAGCGUGCACGCGCUAGGGCCGCCAAUCUUGCCCUUGGCUCGGGCACAGCCCACCAAUUUGAUUUUCUCACCGAGGAUGAGGAAAACGAGAUCAUCGAACAGCUUAAAGCACAGGCGCUUGCAGAAGGUCGUGAUUUCGAUCGAGAACGCUCCAUGAAUGUUACCACUGCUGACUCUUGGCACAACGGUUACGCGGCUGGCACCGAUGGUUUCGGAUCGUGGGGCUCCGUACCCACCAACAACCCUGACAAGCUUUCCAGCCUCACCGAUUCGCUCGGCGACUUGUCCUCUUCAAACCUCAACCAUCCAUCCACUUCCACCGGCGCCUCUUCGUCCGCGUGGUCACCAACAAGGAAUCCUGGCGGCAGCUCCUUCACCGGAAGGAGUACGGAGCGAGACAAUGCCUGCUUUCGUACCGUCAAGCGGGAACGCAAAAUCUCAAGGCCCGACGAAUCGCUUCCGUCUCCCCUCAAUUCUGCCGUUGAGCCGUCUCAGAACACUACGCUCACAUCUGCAUCCACCAAGUCUGAACAGCGCUCACCCGAUGCCGCGCGUUCUCAACCGGAGAAAGCUCACGACAAUUCCAUGCCGGGUGCUUUCGCCACGUUCCAAGAUGGCCACACGACUCGACAUUCAUCACCUACUAAACAUUCUAAUGAGUCGUCCGACCCAAAACCAUUUUUGGACGUUUCAGUCACGUCGAAAGAUUCCAAUCUGCUUACAACUCUAUCUCCAGAAGCUUUCAAACGCGUCAGCACUGCUCUCAAUGAAGUGUUUGGCCUCAUCGCCUCCGAGCGUGGACCAUCGCCUAGUGUUCGUGUAGGCUCGGCGGAUGGUUCUGGCGCCCGGCGCCAUCGGUCUUCUGGUGACAGUGAUGCCAACUCGUUUGCCUCUGCUGUCUCCAACGUGCGCGCCCUCGAUGCAGAGCAAGAGCAACAAUCCCAAGACGAUGGCGACGGCACCGCUGAUCGCACCAUCACAGGCACCCAGCCAAGCUUGGAUGCCGUACACAUUGAACAAGGUCGCCUCGCCGUGCCUUCGCCUCUUCCCGGGCCCAUUCCUGGCUCGCUCCCACCGUCUCUAGCCGAAUUUGCUCCCGAAAUGACCGAGUCACAGACGCUCAGGCAGAUACCGUCACUGACAACAUCGGAAAGUGCGCAAACUCUCACAGACGCUGAAACAGCCACUGACGACCUGAUGUUGGCACCAAACGCCGCUUCAGCUCAGCAUUUGUCGGUUUCGCGCCAUUCGGUGACCGACUCGACGCUCACUUAUCCAUCCGAACGAAGCUCGACCGCCACAGCAAGAGAUCCGCAAGUCGGGCCAUCUCGGACCAUCUCUACUGCAUCCACCGUUGACGCUCUUCAGACCGCUAGCCACGAGCUGCCGAUUACUGAAGUUCGCACGGCGUCGGCUCGACCCGCAGAGCUUCCUUCAGCAAAUCAAGGACCCUCGGACAACGCAAUGCAUCAAGCCAACGUAGUUGCUACUGGCAACCGUGGCCCAUUAGCAACGCGUCCAGAUCGUACGCCUGAGAUGGACUCGAGUGCAACCUUGGCCAGUCCUGCUCGUUCGACCUUGUCGCGAGGCGACUCGCUUGUCAGCAGCAGCUCCAUCAGGUCCAGUCUCACGGCGCCGUCGGCAUCAUACCAAGGCACACACAGUCGCAAAUCGUCGGCCGACAAGCUUGCCCUCGCCAGGGCCAUGGCGCCUCAUCCGCACCUCAGAGAGCAGCCCUCGCUCUCCAGUAUCCGCCGCAACUUCCAAAAACACAAUCGAUCCGCUACCGGAUCAUCCGAGGGCAGUCUGCUAGGCACACAUGCUUCUCGCAGAUCCUCCGGCGCUAUCAGUCCUUCACCUGUGCUGAGUCGUAGCGCUCGUUCGCCCAACUACUUUCCGCCACCUCCUUCCAGCGCAUCGAUGUACGACUACGCCUCUGGUUUCAAGCCACCUUCGGCCGUCUCACCCGCUGCGGCUGCUGCUUUGCAGUCCAUGACGAAUCAAGCCAGCCAGGUGUCUCCGCCAGUGCAAGGCUUCGCCGCGGAAGCUUCCAGCGCCUUCGGUAGUGCUCAGAACAUGCGCAGUUCGGCAUCGACUGGUCAAAGCGUACCCUCUCCUUACGUGUCCAGUCUCGCCGCUUUUCCCUCGGGCAGUGAUCGCGCAGCUGCAACGAGCUCCCCGGAGACCGGAGCUACUAGCAUCAGCCUUCACCAACGAAACGCUUCGCUGACGAGCACCAAGCAGCCUGCAAAGACACAAUCGGCCCGCAUUUCAGUCGCUGACGAUGGUCUGUCGCCAUCCAUGUAUGCUCCCAGACCUGCGCCGCUGCCUGCCAUCGUCUCUCUGUCACCAAGCGCCACUCCCUCCCAAUCCAACACAGAUGGAAACGGCCUGAUGCCUCAGCAUCCUUCAGAUCCAGAACAUUCUGACAAAUGGCGGACCGUCUACGGCUAUAAAACUGCUGACGCUGCUAGCCUUCACGAUUCAGCCGAGAAUGCUUCGGUCAAUGCGAACGAGGAGGAGGAUCUGUGGGCUAAGAUGGCCUUGGCUUCCGAAGUCAAGAAAGCAGAGCGUCCCAUCUCCAAUUUCCCCCCAAACAUGGCUGAGGAGCGCUUGGCAAGCACCGGCAUCACUUUGGAUCAGAUUGCUCAGUUCCAAGAUCGUCUUGUCCAAACCGCCAGUGGCAGAGAAGAGUUGCCUCCUGUUCCACGCAUUUCAACCGGAAAUCGAGCUAGAAGCGAGCAUAAGCAGCAAAGGUUCGCAGUGGCCAAGUCGCUGGGUCUUGCAUCACCCAACUUGGUCUCUGAUGCUGGAGCGGACUGGUCGAAGUCUGCUGAAAGUCCUCGCACGGUGGAUAACCGCGCAUUUGCGGGGUCAAACGCUGUAGCAGUCGACACCGGUCACCACGCCCCAAUCCACAGGAGCCUGUCCAGCUCUCUUGCACAGGAGCCGCCGGUGUCUCCGCGAGCGGUCAUGUACGAUGUCACUACCAGCCAUCGUCCUACCUCACCUCCUCUGCACAGCCGCAAUGCCUCGUUGAAUGGUCUGCCCAAUCUCUUGGAACUCAAUGGAGCCAUCGGACGUCGAAACCGAGAGUCAAUUUCCUUGUCGCAAGCUGUCGAUCAGGCUUCUCGCCUGCCUCGUCAUCCGGCCUUCGAUGCAGCACAAAUUUCUGAGGAUCCCGAAUCGAGCAUUGACCAAGAUUCGCAGUACGCCACCGCUAUCAAUCCAGUGCAGGACCAUCCGUUCAAUGCGGGCUACACGAGUCCUUCACUUGGGUCAGGCAGCCUGCGCAGCGGCAACACUUUCACGUUCCCUCGGAAAUCCAGCGAAGCUGGUGUGGGUGACUCGCCUCGACACCAUGCCCAGCCAUUUCCUCCAGAGCAAAUAUGGGAUCGUUAUGGUCCACAGCAGGAAGAAAUGACGUCUGGCCUGUCCAACACCGGCUUGGCCGCCAUUGAUGGCUAUCAGGGAUCAGAUCCAACUCGCCUGUUGGAUGACAUUGCUGCUCAGACGAGCGCUGCCACUCGCGCGCUCAAGGGAACCGCCGACGGCAGCGUGGCCACGCCGCCCUUCAGAACCAAGAGCAUCUCGCGGAAGAAGUCGUUCAAGAAAUUCAGCAAGCAGAUUUCGUCGCCCCAGCUGAUCUCGACGACGCAGAAGCUGGACCAUGCUACUCAACUGCGUCCCUCGCUUGAGAUGCCGAACACGCAGACUUGGGGCAGCAGAUGGCCGAACCGGUCUCCAGGCUGGGGCAGCAUUGGUCCUUCCGGUGGGGAAGGCACAAGAAGGCACGCUAAAGCAAGCCAGUCCGUGCCAUCGCAGAUGAGCAGCUUUGGCAAAAGCAGUCUGUACUUUCAUCGCCGCAGGUCGAGUUCUUUUGGUCACGAAGCCAGCCCCGACGAAAGUUUCGGGACGCCCGAAGGUGAGAUCAGCGAUACACUUGUCUCUGCAGAGCAGACCGGCAGUGAUCAAGCUGCGCAUGUACACCCGAACCAUCCCUAUAUGAACGGGGGUGCCAACGGCGGAAGCUUGUCACGUCUUCUUUCCAAGAUCAAGAGUCGAAAGAAUGAGCAUGGCUUUGGCGGAGCAACCAUCGAGCCUUUCCCACCCGAGCUGAGUACUGCCGCUCGUGCACCCGAGUUUUCCUCCCAGCCGCAGCCGCAGCCGCUGCAACACCAACAACGACCAACGACUCCAGAAUUAUCGUCGUUGGUGGCCGUGGAGUCACGAACGCUCCCUAGAAUGCCUCCAUCUCCAUCGUCGACUGACCAAGGGAGCAACUUGCGUUCGCCCACGUCGCCGAGACAUCCGCUCAUCGACUCAACGUCCCUACCACGCUCCAGGACCAAGAAGCGCACGCCAAUCGUGCUCAAACGCGAAUCCGAGGUCAUUCUGCCCGGUGACACAGGUUAUGUCCCUAAUGCCAUGAUCGGCGGAUCAUCCGAACAGCGCGCAACGCCACUAGCAGAACAACAGACUGAGGGUUCUGCCUCGCCGAAAGCUCAUACGGCGGCGAAGACAAACGCGGUUGCCAUCGAAGAAUCGGACCGGGAAAACACAACAGACACGACGCUCGAAAAGUUCACGGAGCGCACGAGCUACUCUCAGAAUGGCAACUUGAUUACUUUGGCCCCUCCAACCGGGUCAUCCAAAGAUAACGACGAGGCAGCGACGCCGCGUGCAGCAUCUCCAAAGCCAGCGGGAGACGCUGGCCUGACUGCAGGUGCUGCUGCCAUAGACAAGCAACCUGAGGACGCUGAAGACGCUGAUGAGACCAUCACCAAAUUUACAUCUUCAAGUCAGCCUCAGACAAUCGAGGAAGACAUGCCGGAAGGAACCGAGCCCGAAAGCGUAGCACCUGAUCGUUCCAUUGAUGCCCGCAAGUCAUUGCGUGACACCAUCGUCCGUCGAACCAUCAUCAUCCCUGCGGGUAUCGACUUUGGCGAUCAGCGACGCCCGCUCUUUGGCUCGAGUCGCAAAUCGCGUCGUUUCGCCAGUAUCGAAGACCAACCCGUUCCCAACAGCGACGAAGUCACUAAGAGCUUCCACUUUGGAUCUCCUACCGUGUUGGACGAUGCUGCGCUGCCUGUGCAAGAGAACCUUUCACACCAAGACUCGCAGAAUGACGCUGACGAGCAGCAGCAGUCGCAGCAAGGGGAGGAUUUGCCGACGUUGGGUUCAGACCAGAUGCUUCAUCCAGAUUCCGGUACCGAUGGACCUUCACGAUCGAACCGUGCCAGUCGAGUUGAGAGCUGUUACGCGGGCAGUCUGUACGACAUGUAUAUUGGCGGUGGUGUCAACGGCGAGGACACCGAAUUCGGUAGUCCAGAGUCUGACCUUGCUGACAUCUCGCGUGCACGUCGAUCGAUGGCGAUACGAGCUUCGCGAAUGCCCGAGACGCGUCGACACAUCGAGGUGACCGAACGCGCGGAUGGCAGCGUUGUUUGGCAGGUGAUCGCCGGACUAGCGGAUCGAGGAAGCGUCUAUUCAGAUUUUGAUGCGCGUUCUAGUAAGCAUCUGAGCGAUGCGAGUGGGUCAGGAGCGGCAGCGAUGGCAGACGAAGGUGCGACGGAGGAAGAGACGUUUAGUGGAGCACCUUUCCGCACGCCUGCCGGUUUGACAGAUGACGAUUCAAGGAGCUUCUUCACUCGACCCCGUGCGAUUGCGGCCAAAACGACGCAGCUACACCAUCCAGCAUUCUCACUCGACACAAACCAGCCUUUACCGCUCUUGCCACUCUCAAAAGGACAAGAGGUGAGGGAGGACGUGUUUGAGAUCGCGAACCCACCCAACAUGGCGGCAAACAGUUUCGAUACCGACCCUACCUCGUCUUCCUCGGCAUCUUCGGCGCGCAAUGCGACGGCUUCGCCCACCCGGAUCGUAUAUCACAACGAUGCACAGCUCGCAUCCUUGCUCGACGUUUUGGCCCAGGGGAAAGAUUCGGCCAAGUUUCAGUUCCAUAUCGGACCGAAUCGCUCGUCGAUGUAUCAGGCUUCGACCGGUGCAGAGCAGCACCUCAACGGUGGAGCGAGCGAGGAUGCAGUUGCGGAUUCGGAUGCAUCGUUGUUGGAUGCGAAGCGUGUUUCGUCACCGUGGAGCAAGCACGAGGGAGUGUUGGAUGCAAACGACAUUGAGUCACAUCGGAGCCGUGUCGAAGCCGAGAUUUACACGCUGCUGAACCGGCAUGCGCUGGUCGGGAGAGAGUAA